AUGGCUCUCAGAGUUGGAUUGUCUCGUGUUGUUUUCGUACUCUUACUCAUCAGCUUCGCUGCCAUGGCUACAUCUGAUCAGUGCGAAUACACUGUGAAAGUUAAGACAGGAAAUGUGCCUAAUGCAGGAACAGACGCCACCAUCAGCCUCAAGUUAAUGUCCGCUGCCGGCAAUAGCUUUACCAUCGCCGACCUCAAGAGCUGGGGCACAAACGGAGCCCAAUACAACUACUUCGAGAGGGGACAGACGGACGAGUUCAAGGGCAAGAGCGUUUGCCUCGAUGUUUGUGCCAUCACCGUCUUCUCCAACGGCCUGGGGAACGACCCAAGCUGGUACUUGGAAUCCGUGGAUGUCACCAUCGGGGGCGCCAAUGCUAAGGAGAUAUCCUUCCUGGUGAACAGAUGGCUGUCUCAAGAGCCGCCCAAUCAGCUCCUUGCCACCGUCAACUCAUGCACCAGCUUUAAUUUGAAGCCCACUCUCUCUUGUGUGUGA